GUUUUGUUUUGUAGUGUGUUUGUUUUUUGUGUAUCUGUAAUCUGUGUUUUUUGGUGUAUAUUUUUUGUAUAUUUGUUUUUUGAUUUCAAAUUUUUCAUACUAAGUAAGAAACAGUUCACCAUUAUUAAAACCUUUAUUUCUUAAAUAAAAUCUAUCAUGCAGCCAGUGAAGCCACCAAGAAGCAAUUCCAUGCUACCCCCAGACCCUGUAUAUACUUUAAAAAGUGACAUGGGUUACAUCCAGCACAUGAAUUUUUUCCAAGGUGGGACCUCACAACUUCUGGCGGCUACUGAGAAGGGUUUGGUUUACUUUUGGGAUCUUAAUACCAAUAGAGCUAGUUGUAAGAAGAAAAUGGGAGAGGGAAUACUAGCGAUUCAUUCAUAUGAUGACAAAAUCAUCACACAAGAGAAAAGUGGUAUUGUCAAGCUUUGGUCAGUAGAGAGUGACCAAUCAAUAAAUUCUUAUGAAUGUUGUGGUGGACACUGUAAAAGUAUAACUGUUGGUGACACACUGGUUUUGCCACAAGAACAUGGAGUUGAUCUAGUCAAUAAGAAGACUUUUGAGAAAACCAAGACGUUACUAUCUAAUAAAGAAAAUUUGGGCCACGUAAUGGCACUAGAAAAGAUGGAGUUUGAAAGUAAUACCUACAUUUUAGCUGGAUAUGAAUCAGGUGACGUUAUCUUAUGGGACGCAACAGAAGGGAAGACAUGCGGUGAUUGCAAGUUUCAAGAACAUCUGACAACUCUGACAUUUGACUCGCCAAUGGGUAGAGGAGUGUGCGCCGGAGCUUCCAAUGCCAUGCAAGUGUUCUCCAUUGACGAUUCUUUCAAUAUAUCAGUUAAAUGCGAAGUCUCGCUACCCAGUGAGGGGUGUAAUAUCGUCAAAGUUAGACCUGAUAGGCAAGUGAUGGUCUCGGGAUGUUGGGACGGUAAGAUUCGCAUCUAUUCAUGGAAAACGUUAAGAACACUAGCAGUGCUAACAGAACACAAUGCUUUUAUCACCGAUAUACAAUUUUCUCCUGACAAGGUAUCCUUUUGGGGCGCUAAUAUCAUGGCUGCCAGCGGGAGCGACGGAGUUAUCAGCUUAUGGGACUUGUACAAUCAUUGAUUGAACCAUUUUAUCAAAAGCAAAAGAUCUCAUCAGUCACUAUGGAGUUUUGAAAUCAACUCGGAAGCUUCAUGACCGUCUUGGAUAUGGCACAGAUUACACCUCCAGUUACGUUCUACUUCUUUUGUUAUAUUCCCUGGUGGUCAUUUUCAUACCAUUGGUGACUUGGCACAUUAAGUGUACUCAAAUUAGAUAUCGCCGUACUUGAGUAAAAAGCAGUAAAGUUCAUUUACAAAUAUACGUUAUCAUUAUUUUUAUAAAUAUUUGAUCCGAAAGGAAAAUUUGGAAAAAUAUUCUUCGUUUAACUUUACAGGGUGUUAAUUAAGUAGUAUGUACCAUAAAAUUAACAGACGAUUCUUUGAGUAAUUUUGUGACAAAAAACUCAUAUAAGCAUAGGUCCGCAAAUUCUUCAUACUCAAGAUUAAAAAUGAUUUUUCUUAAAUAUCCUUUACCUAAUUUUGUUGUAAUUUGGCUAGUUUAGCCCUAACUUGAUUAAAUGUAUCAAGUUCAGUGGCGUCUCGAGCGAGAUCUGAAUGAAUAUUUAUGGCAAAAAACUGUACGACACUGACUUUUGUGCAAUUUUAUAAUGUCCUUUGAAUAAAGUAAAUGGAAAUACAACUUUUUUGUCUCUUGAAUUUUUUUCGUAUCUUAGUUUUCGAGAAAAAAAGUCCACUUUAAUUGCAUAUCCUUGGAUCUCACGAGGAAUGUGGGAAAAAGUUUCAUUUGGAAUUUUUUUUUUAAUUUUUUUUAUUACUAAUUAUGCUAAUGUUAUUUAGUUUUUGUUGUCAGAAUAAUUACUAGUAAAUAAUUAUAAAACUUUUUCCAUAUUCCUUGUGUGGUCCGCGAAUAUGCCAUUAAGUGGACUUUUUUCCUCGAAAAUUAAGUUACGAAAAUAAUUCAAAGAGACAAAAAUAAUUGUAUUUCUAUUAGCUUAAUAUAACAAUAAAAAUGGUACAAAAGUUAGUGGCGUACAUUUUUUUUUGUCACAAAUAUUCGUUCAGGCCCCCGCUCGGGGCUAAAUUAGCUCUUUAGUUGUUAUGAAUACCACCGCCAAAUUUCAAAAAAGUAUGUAAAGGAUAUUUAAGAUAUUUGUAAAAAAACAUUUUUUUUUUAAAUUUCAAGACCCUGAUCUUAAGAACGAAGAAUUUACAAACCUAUGUUUAUAUGAACUUUUUGUCUUAAUCAACACCAUGUAUAAGAAAACAGGCUGUUUUUACUUUAUUUACCUAUAUAGUUAAUAAUUUAUGUGAAUUUCAAUAUAAACAAAUUAUAUGGAAAUAAGAUACUGCAUUACUGGGUUCUUUUGAAAAAAUAAUAUACUUUAUAAACACUACACUACAAAUUUGUUUUUGCAGAGUGUAAAAGCAGUAAAUCACAUGAUUUAGCAACUAAAGUCGGCGGGUCAUUUAUUUUAGAGCUCAACAACAAUUAUGAUCCGAAAUCACAUGUAAACAACUCUCUAAAACUUCAUGUAACUUUGCAAUAUUCGUUCACCUUUGUUAGUUCUUAGUAAAUACUACUUGUUCGAAAAAAUCCAGAAUUUUCUUUUCGAUUUUUACACCUUUUACUACAGUACGGCAAUAUAAGUUACAUGUACUCUCAAAAUUGAGUUAAAUUAGUUUUACUAAUGGGUGAUUCAUAUAGAGGAGCUUUUUCCACGUCUGUGUCGGGUUAUCUGUUUGAUCAAACAAAAAUGUGGUUAACGCCAUCCAUCUUGGAGUUCCAGUUUUCAAUGACGCGUCUGUGUAUUUCGAGUAAUAUUUAGCGAACAACACCUGUAAUGCUGAUUUCUUAUUCAUCAAUCGUACUCUAUUAUCCACGUAGACAUAUCUCCAAAGUAAAAACUCCAUAUCACAUGUUUUAAGGCCGGUCCAGACGCCCAACUUUUUUUCUGCACAGUCUUCGGACGGAAUGAAAACGUUGCAAUUUUCAAAGCGUCUAUAUGGUGCAAAUAUGUCUGUAUUUCGCUCAGUUUUGUAUGAUAUCGUCAUGGAAGAGGCACUCUGGUCAAUUUUGGCAUGGUGUCUCGUUAAGAAAAAAGUUUGGAACGUCCCAGAAGUAUCUGACGUCCAAAGUUGCCGUUGCAUGAAUUUCUUUGAAUUUCUUCACUAAACUCUCACAAGCCUCUUUAUUCCUGUCACUAUACUCCCUGGACUUGACACGCCAAAUGCAUGGGAAACUUUUGUACAAUGCAAUAAAUCUGUCGCCUGACGAAUCGUAACUGAGAAACAAAAUGAAUCGGAAAACGGUGCUACCUGCUGAUAUCUAUGCUCUUUCGCUCAGUUAUCGCUGCGCCGGAUUCAAAACUACGCACUUUUCCAAUCUACACGCAACAUUUAUCUGCAGCGUGUUAAACUGUGCAGACAGAAGGUUGUGCAAAUCGUAGCAUUUGGACCGGCCUUUAGGGGGACAAGUUAUCAGCCGAAUUGAAAUUGGAAUUUCAGAAUGGGCCGCACUGAGUGUAGUAACAAACGACAUUUGAAAGGAAUACUCCUAAAAAACCAAGUUAUAAGAAUGUGUUUUCUUCGAUAAUAAAGAUAACCCGAUAACUUUGAUUGUUUAAAUAUUACUUCCCACGCCUUCUGUCGGGGAAGCAUUGUAAUCGCAAAGUAUUUCUAAAUGAAUCGCCCGUCAUAAGUUUUGUAAAGUUUAACUAUUAGAAUUUUAUGUCUUUGUGUUUUCAGAUAAAUAAAAUAUCAAAUGUAAAUGGAACAUUGAGUGUUGAAAGAAAGUAUACAUGGCUGUGUAGUACUUCCGAGUAUUCCUAUGCAAACAUAUACAUUGGUAGCUGCAUCAUAAAAGACAGUUUUUGCUUUGCAUACCAACCUCUGUUUAUACAGGGUGGCCAAAUAGUGUGACAAAGCUCAGUAUCUUUGUUACUAUUAUAGUUGCAGAAACAAGUUCAAUAUAAAUGUUGUAGGCAGAGCUAGGGGCUACAACCUAAAUAUUUGUAGCUUAUACUAUACAAAUUAAUGGCAAUAUAAACAUACUUUUUUAAAUGGGAUUUCUGACGAUUUUUAGAAUCGCAUUUUCUUGGCCAUUCUGCCAAUGUAUGGUUUCGGGAGUUUGUACUGGGUGUUUCGGAAUAUAUGGCCACUUUUUCGUUAAAAUCAUGUGACUUUCCGUAUCUUAAAAAACAUUUUAGACAAAAUCUGUUUU